AUGUACGACUGGACAAACGAAUUGUCAGUUAAGUUUAUGGAGUAUUAUCAAUCUCAACCCAUUUUAUGGGACCCAAAGCUCCGGGGUCAUAAAGAUAAGGCAAAAACUAACGAUGCCUGGACCACAAUCAGCAAAGAAUUAAAUAUACCUAUUGAAGAGCUGAAAAAUAAGAAAAAUUCAAUAAUGGCAACAUUUCGGGGACAUUUAAGAAAAAAAAAGGCUUCCAUCAGAUCAGGAGUUGGACAAAAUGAGGUUUAUCAGCCAAUAUGGUUUUUGUUCAACCAGAUCGAUAGUUUUUUAGGGUCUAUCAACGAUUGUAACCCUACGAUUAAUACUGAACAGGAGAGUAAUUCAGGAAUUAACCAUGAGACAGAAGAAGAUGAAAAUAAUGAUAGUAACGAAACAACCUUAUCAAACACCCUCAAUUAUGAAACGUUAAUAGACAACCAAACCAUAAGAGAAAACCAAACCCCGUCUAAACCUCGACGACGAGGUACUACUCUCGAGUUAGAUGAAGCUGGAAAACAGAUGAAACGAGCAUUUAGUACAUUGGAAAAUUGUAUCAAAAAUAGAAAAGAAGAGGACGAAUAUGAUUACUAUGCGAAGAUACUAGCAACAAAAAUACGCAGGCUACCAGAAAACGAACGUGAAGUAUUUAUGUAUGAAGUUGAUGGACUAUAUAUUAAUUGCUUACGCCGUUUAAACAAUCAACCAUCAACUUCACGCUCCACAACACCAAUACAUGGAACAAAUAUUCAAAGCCGACCACCAUCUUCACGCUCCACAACACCAAUACAUGGAACAAAUAUUCAAAGCCGACCACCAUCUUCACUUGCAUCUUAUUCUGAACCUGAAAUUAUAACUUCAAGUUAUCCGCAAAGUGAUGAGUACUCUAAUUCCAAUCCUUCUUCAUCUGCAGGAAUACAGCAUAGAACAUAUUCCAAUCCACAGUAUACAAAUCAACUCUAUUCAGAACAACUGUCUAUCCCUAUUCAUGUAACUGAUAUAAAUCAACCAACUAUGACUAACUCAAACAUAAUAAGUCAAGCAUUUUACAUUGCUCAUGAAAAUGAGGAAUAUUGAACUAAAGUUGUUUAGUUUUUUAAUAAGAUAUUAAAGUUGUUUUUUUUUUUAA